AGAGAGGGGAGGCAGGGUUUUCUUAGUCACAUGUCCUAUUUAUCUCUUUGACAUGAGGUUUGUCAGGGAUAUUCAGUUAGGUCUUGACAGAGAAGAAAACCUAUCGUCUUCAACUCAGGAGCUUAUUCAGCAUAAACAGAGAAAGUGAAAUUACACAUUAACUCUUGGUUAAUGACAUGAUAACUACAGAACCAGAGAUUAUGUAAUGUACUAACAUGCAUCAGUUGUAAAGGUGAACGGGUAAAGACUUGAAAAUGAUGAUUUUACUGGUGUAAGAUUCUGUGUGGUUCCAUUGACGGAGGAGUCUUCACUCAACUGGAGAUGAAGGAAAUGAAGUUGGUUUAUGCUGCGAUUAUCUUCUUGGUGUCUGAAGCAUGGAGUCUGGACCAAGCUUUCUCAAGAACUAAUCAAAGCACCUCUGAAAUGAAACUCAACGCUACUUCUUCCUCGUCACCAAACUAUGUUUUCAAAUAUUCAUCUUUAAAACUUGGGAGAGAUGCUAACCUGACAUGUGGAGAUAAGACAUGGACAGAAAUGAUGUUCGUUAUUUGGAAAUUACGCUUGAAAAACAAAGACUGUGAUAUUGCUUUUCACAUUGAUGGUCAAAAUCGAAACACCUGCAACGAUGGCAAGUCUCUACAAAACACCUCAGAGGCUCAGUCGUUCCUAUUUAUCCCAAAUUUCUCAUUUAGUGAUGUUGGCAUCUACAAGUGUGAGUCAGUUUUCUCGGGAGGAGCUGAAGCAUAUUCGAUCAACGUGUCUAUCACAGUUCCCCCUAAAUUAUCAUCCUGGCUAGAUUGGAAGGGAAACAAAAUGGUGGCCGUGUGCAAAGCUGAAGGAGGAAUACCUGCAGCCAACAUCAGCUGGAGUCACACAGGAAACACCUCAACUGUGGAAACCAGGGACAGUUCAGAUGGAUUUUUUACAGUGGAGAGCAGACUGGAACUACCCACAGACAUGCAGACAGAGAAUGUGAGCUGUGCUAUCAGCCACCUGUCCUGGGAACACGAGGAGAGUUUGAUGAUAAAAAUUGAAAAAGCAGGUCGUGCAUUUUCGUGGGUGCAUCUUGCUAUUCCCAUUAGCAUUGCAUUUUUCUUGGGAUUUUUAUUUUUUGGACAAAAGAAACUUGUCAAGUUGAGAAGAGGCCAGGAGUCCGUUGUCUCGUCAUCCAAAUCUCCACAGACAGACGAUGUGGAGGAAGUUGAGCCCUAUGCGAGCUACGUUCAACGUGUGAACUCUAUCUAUAAUUCAUCUCUAGAUAUGUUCACAUAAAAAUGUUGCACAUGCAUCACAUUUGCAACUAAAUGCAAUUUCCCUUAAAUGGGAAAGCGAAAGCUGCUGAAAGUGAGAAAUGAUGAAACUGUUGCGAGAAUGAAGAGAGAGUCAAACACUCUUUGACGGAGCUUGACUGAUGCAAUAGAGGAUGUACCGAAUGUACACAGAGGCUCAUAAUACAACAACAUACAGUCUACUGGUGUGUGUGUGUGAGGUUCAUGGACAAUAUUAACUACUGAUGUAACAACUGGUUCCAGGCACAACAAACACUGGAACUCACAUGUAUUGUAGCUUAUUUUAGCAUUGAUCCAGCUGAUGUCAUCAUGUCUAUGUGUGUGCUGAUGUCAGCAUAUCAAUUGCCUCUAUAUA